AGUGCAUCAUCUGAGGAGCGCAGAGGUGAAAAAUACCGCAGACGCACAUUUCAGAAGAAGAGCAAACACUGCAAACGCGCAGAGACAGCGGAGGAAGACGCACGGAGAGGCUCCUUGUUGACUGGAAUAGAGAGGAAAGGAGAAUGAGAGGGCGAGCUGGCGAGGAGAGAGCUGAAUAAAAACACAUUAUUUGGGAGCAGUGUGCGCACCCAGGAGGAGGCAGACACGGAGCCGUCUGGAGAAGUCACUCCUUCAUACGAACCCACGUGCUGCUGAUCUGCUGCUGCUGCUGCUGCUGCUGCCUCGAGAUGGCAGGAGAUGAUCAUAGAUAACUGGGAGGAAAGUUUUAAAUCUUCAGUAACAUCAAAGCAAAAAAAAAAAAAACGGGCUGUUUGUGACUGAAAUCUUGAUCAGAAAACAGUUUCUUGCUUUUUGCUAAUUAAUAAAUAAACCACCAAAACACGAACAAUGGCAUCCUAUAGCCCUGCCCCGACGCAAGAGGCACCCAAUGGCGGACCCCCAUCUGUAAAGUCUAAAAGCGAGGAGUCCAUGAAACUGAAGAAGGAGAUCUCCCUCCUGAAUGGGGUCUGUCUGAUCGUGGGGAACAUGAUCGGCUCGGGGAUCUUCGUCUCGCCCAAGGGCGUCCUCAUCCACAGUGCCUCCUACGGCCUCUCUCUGGUGGUGUGGACCGUCGGAGGGAUCUUCUCCGUGUUUGGGGCCCUGUGCUACGCCGAGCUGGGGACCACCAUCACCAAGUCGGGGGCAUCCUACGCCUACAUCCUGGAGGCCUUCGGAGGUUUCUUGGCCUUCAUCCGCCUGUGGACGUCGCUGCUGAUCAUCGAGCCGACCAGCCAGGCCGUCAUAGCCAUCACGUUCUCCAACUACAUGGUGCAGCCCAUCUUCCCCACCUGUAUAGCUCCAUACGUGGCUAACAGGCUGUUGGCUGCUGCUUGUAUAUGUUUGCUGACCUUUGUGAACUGUGCCUAUGUAAAGUGGGGAACCAGGGUCCAGGACUUCUUCACCUACGCCAAAGUCAUCGCUCUCAUCGCUGUCAUCAUCACUGGCCUGGUGAAGAUCGGACAAGGUCACACACAGAACUUCGAGGGCCUGUUCGAAGGCUCCUCUCAGGAUCCAGGACACAUUGCUCUGGCUCUGUACUCCGCUCUGUUCUCCUACUCUGGAUGGGACACCCUCAACUUUGUCACAGAGGAGAUCAAGAACCCAGAGAGGAAUCUGCCACUGGCCAUCGCUAUUUCCAUGCCCAUAGUAACUGUGAUCUACAUUCUGACCAACGUGGCUUACUACACCAUCCUCCCCAUCAAUGCCAUCUUAGACAGUGAUGCUGUAGCUGUGACUUUUGCAGACCAGGUGUUUGGUGUAAUGAACUGGACGAUUCCCUUCGCCGUGGCUCUUUCCUGUUUCGGAGGACUUAACGCCUCCAUCCUGGCUUCCUCCAGGCUGUUCUUCGUGGGCUCCAGAGAGGGCCACCUGCCUGACUACCUGUGCAUGAUCCAUGUCCACCGCUACACUCCCGUCCCCGCCCUGCUCUUCAACGGCAUCAUGGCUCUCAUAUACCUGUGUGUAGAAGACGUGUUCAGGUUGAUCAACUACUACAGCUUCAGCUACUGGUUCUUUGUCGGUCUGUCCAUUCUGGGACAACUGUAUCUGCGCUGGAAGCAGCCGGACAGAAAGAGACCACUAAAGGUAACUUUUUUUACUGCAUUUUUUAAAUGUAUUUUACUGAAUAUUAUUUACAUUUUGGUUUUGAAAGGUGCUAUAGAAACAAAGUUGAACUACAUAAUUGAUUCCGACCAUCAUCCAACCUCUUCUUUCUUUCUUCCUCAGCUUAGUCUCUUUUUCCCCAUCGUUUUCUGUCUCCUCACCGUCUUCCUCGUGGUGGUGCCGCUCUACAGUGACACCAUCAACUCCCUGAUCGGCAUUGGCAUCGCUCUGUCAGGAGUGCCCGUCUACUUCCUCUGCUGCUACACUCCGGCACAUAAGAGGCCACUGCGGCUACGAAGCCUCAUCGCUAAAUCCGGCUUGCUGAUUCAGAAGGUGUGCUACUCUGUUCUGACUGAAAUGGACGACAAGGAGGAGUAGAGCCCCGUGCCAGAGACUGACGAUGCACAAAUGUAGAACCUAAACUCAUCCUGGCCAGUCGCUGCUACCACGAGGCCUCGAUGGACCAAACAUUUGGGCUUGAGCUGGACCGCAGUUCUCAGACCUGUCAAUCAUCACCCGGUCACAAUGUCAAUGAAUGCGCGAAUGAUGGCGCCCCGGGUGCUUGUUGGCAAGAUUUCACCCUAGCUGAACAUUUUUAUACACUCUUGAAGAACACCUGUUUUUAUUACAGAACUGUACGUAUUAGCAGAGAAUUAUUUAAUUGAUCCUUCAAGUAUUUCGUGUGAAAUUACAUAACCGUAAUACCUUUCUGAUUGUACUGGAAGUUGGCAAAUUAUUGUGGUUAAAUUGUUUAAGUGGACAGGAGAACAUCUUUGAAACUAAAAGCACUGCUGACCAUAGAAACUUUGGUAUUAUUAUUAUUAUUAAUAUUAAUAUUUGCACAAAUGAAAAUCGAGCAGUAAAGGAGUUUCAUUCAUAAAAAGGUUUUAUACUGUAAGGUGCAAGGUCUAGUGAAGUGAAGGGCUAUUUUACACAACUUAACUAAUUUUUUCUGCAGUUUCUGAGUAAAUGACUUUGCUGCAAACAUGUAUUUAUAAUAAAAUUACUUGUU